AUGAAAAUACAUACCGGAGAAAAACCUUAUUCGUGUAAUAUCUGUGAAUUUAAAUGUAUUGUAAAAAGUAGUUUGCAAACACAUAUGAAAGUACAUACUAGAGAAAAACUUUAUUCGUGUAAUAUCUGUGAAUUUAAAUGUAUUCAAAGAAGUAAUUUCCAAACACAUAUGAAAAUACAUACCGGAGAAAAACCUUUUUCGUGUAAUAUCUGUGAAUUUAAAAGUAUUAGAAAAGCGCAGUUACAAAAUCAUUUAAGAACACACACUGGAGAAAAGCCUUUUUCGUGUAAUAUCUGUGGAUUGAGAUAUAUUGCUAAAAGUAGUUUGCAAAGGCAUUUGGAAAUACAUACCGGAGAAAAACCUUUUUCGUGUAAUAUCUGUGAAUUUAGAUGUAUAAGAAAAUAUCUGCUGCAAAAGCAUUUAAAAAUACACACUGGAGAAAAACCUUUUUCGUGUAAUAUCUGUCAAUUUAGAUGUAUAAGAAAAGUACAGUUGCAAAAUCAUUUAAUAAUACACACUGGGGAAAAAAAAUUUUCGUGUAAUAUGUGUGAAUUUAGAUGUAGUGCAAAAAGUUACUUGCAAAAACAUUUGAAAAUACAUACCGGAGAAAAACCUUUUUCGUGUAAUAUCUGUGAAUUUAGAUUUAAAAGAAAAGAUAUGUUGAAAAUUCAUUUAAUAACACACACUGGAGAAAAACCUUUUUCGUGUAAUAUCUGUGAAUUUAGAUGUAAUAGAAAAAGAAAUUUAAAAAUGCAUAUGAAAAUACACACUGGAGAAAAACCUUUUUCGUGUAACAUCUGUAAAUUUAGGUGUAAUAAAAAAGGAGGUUUGCAAAGGCACAUGAAAAUACAUACCGGAGAAACACCUUUUUCGUGUAAUAUCUGUGAAUUUAGAUGUAUAAGAAAAGAUCACUUGCAAAAUCAUUUAAAAAUACAUACUGGAGAAAAACCUUUUUCGUGUAACAUCUGUGAAUUUAGAUGUAAUAGAAAAGGAACUUUGCAAAGGCAUAUGAAAAUACAUACCGGAGAAACCCCUUUUUCGUGUAUUAUCUGUGAAUUUAGGUGUAAUGCAAAAGUUGUUUUGCAAAAUCAUUUAAAAAUACACCUUGGAGAAAAAUCUUUUUUGUGA